UGAGCCGCGAGGGGCAGAGGGAGGUCGUUAGCUCCGCAACAAUGGGGAUCGAUCUUAAAGCCGGCGGGAAGAGCAAGAAGACCAAAAGAACGGCGCCCAAAUCCAAUGAUAUCUAUCUCAAGCUCCUUGUCAAGCUUUUCCGCUUUCUCGUCCGGAGAACUGAAAGCAGUUUCAAUGCUGUAAUACUCAAGCGUCUUUUCAUGAGCAAAGUCAACAAGGCUCCACUUUCUUUGUCAAGAUUGAUAAAGUUCAUGAAGGGGAAGGAAGACAAGAUUGCAGUGUUGGUGGGGACUGUCACUGAUGAUAUACGAGUUUAUGAAGUUCCGCCUUUGAAAGUUGCAGCACUCCGGUUUACAGAGACAGCGCGUGCAAGGAUAGAGAAGGCUGGCGGUGAGUGCCUGACUUUUGAUCAGCUGGCCCUCAGGGCUCCUCUGGGACAGAACACGGUCCUUCUUAGAGGCCCCAGGAAUUCUCGUGAGGCUGUGAAGCAUUUUGGUCCUGCUCCUGGUGUGCCACACAGCCACACCAAGCCUUACGUGCGAUCAAAGGGAAGGAAGUUCGAGCGUGCUAGAGGACGGAGGAACAGCAAGGGAUUUAGGGUUUAAGCUCACAUUUAUUGUACUAGCCUCAUUUCAUUCAACUUUUGUUCCGUUACCUCUAGAAUUAAAAUUUUUUGCCAGAGCUAAAGGCAAUGAAUUGUUUUCCUGUUUCGAUAUACCUUUGUGCGUUGGUAUUAUUUUUCUUUUUGCCAUUUCAAUAGGUGUUUUUGUUGUGUUUGGGAAGCGUGCCUUGCAACUCGCCCUUAAUCCAAUAUUUUAUGAUAAUUUGAAAUCUGCCAGGAACUGCUCUUUUUAUUUU